AUGCAGACUCUUUCGUACUCCUUUGCCGUAGUUUUGAUUUUAAUCCUGGCUACUCAUGAUGCAUUCGCCUUACCGCGGCCCUGUUACCUCUUGGGACAUCUCACCCCAACACCUCAAGACACAACCACCACAACAUCCACAACAACUCCAAGUACCAUAGAGCAACUGGAGAACAUUCAUAAAGAUAUCGUCAAACUGAUUACGUUGGAGCGCACGAGUGAUAUUCAAAGUAAGAUUUCCGCGAGUGAAACUAGUCAUGCUCAGUCAUCGAGUCCGAAGACAUAUACAAGUAUACCUAACCCAUUCGAAGAAUUAAUUUCCAAUUAUGUUAAGUUUAUGUCUAACCUAUUUACAUUAUAG